UAUAUCGCCACGGUGACGCCUUGGCCAAGACUCCUUUUGUAUCAGCUCUCAAUGUCCACAACCAUAAAUCCAAAAGUAGUUGAUGACGAUCCGAACGAAUUCCGAACAGGAUUCACGAUUCUAAACUAAAAUGUCGAACAAAAUUGACGGCGUUUGCCGCUGCCACACAACCUGGUACGUCCACGUCGAUCAGUGAGCCUGCCAUACCCUAAACAACACAUAGGGGGAGCAAUCGUUCCAAAGAGGCCAAAAGAACCCAGGUAACCUGUGACGGAAUAUCCUCUUCGAGCUGCCUACGUUACCAAACACUGAAAACGUCUCACACGAGCAAUUUGGCGCCAGCAACUUCAGUCGUAGUAGGCGGCCAAAACGAAGCGUUUGUUCAUGCGUAUGCUUUGUACGUGGGGGCGUGUCGGACGGCUUAUGAUGUCAUGAACCGUCCCGGCCGCUACGGCUGCCUGUUGACCUUCGGCCUUUUGGGUGAUCCGGAAGGUAAACAAGCAGCACGUCGUCUCGUGCGUGGACGAGCCCGUGUCUCAGCUGCACAAAUGCGCCCUGGAGAUGCGAGAGUCGCCGCGCGCCUUCCUGGCCGUCGCCAACGACGCCGUCGCGCUGCACCGGGCGGCGUCCAGCGAGCGGGAGGCCGGCCGAGCGCUCCUGAACGACGGCUCGUGCUGGACCGUCAUCGGCGUGGAGGUGGUGGAAUUCGCCUUCUGCCAGGGAGACGCCGCCGGCGUCCGCACGCCCGUCACGCCGUUUCCCGACGUCGCCGGCCUGGAAUAAAUCAUCGGUCGUCCCGUCCGGCCCACAUGGACCGAUCAGAAUCAGCUCGCAGUGGGCGGAGCCACGUCAGCGUACUGGCUUGCUUCCCGACCAGUGAGGCGAGAGAAGUGGCCGUUGCCGUGGUAACAGCCCUGGGCGCCAACCUGGGAACCCCCACCGGCAGGAGCCCGCUGCGCACGGAAGCGCAGGUCAGUGCGUGCGUGCGCGCGCGCGCGUCCUCGGUUUGGCCCCCCGCCCCCGUCUUGAAACUCUGCCGCCGUCAGGUGAAGUGGACUCUGGAGGUUUUGUGCUUCGGUCUGAGCCUCCCGCUGGACUGCGCCACGCUGCGUGCGUGCGUGGACAUUUACGCCCACUGGAUGACGGUUCUGGUGUCCCCGCGAGACUCCAUCCCGCCGCCGGUCGUCAAGGAGCCCAACGUGUACGUCCGGAAGAUCCUCAGACACCUGCGCACCUUGUUCCUGCCCAGGUCGGAGCGAUCGGGUCCGCAGUACGCGUCCGUCUGCCAGCGGGUGCUGUGUGCAGUUCAGCUGCUGGCCAGAGAGGGCGCUGGCGUGAGCGGGGACACCUGGGAGAUGCUGCUUCACUUCCUGCUCUGCGUCAACCAGUCGGUGCUGGCCACGCCCACCUCAGCACCCGCAUGUCAGCAGCUGUCCCUGUCAUCGGUGGAGGUCCUGUUCCAGGUUAGUCUGGUGUCCUGUGCCCGCUGUUUCCCUCCUCGGUCCUUCUGGCUGUCGUGGAGACAGAUGAUGACCGCGUGGAGGUUUCAGCCCGCCGUACUGGACCAGUGGACACGGGUAGUCUCCGCUCUAACGUCCAGGUCGCUGCGCCUGAGUUUCGGUCCCGCCUUCCCUCGGUUUAAGGUCCCGGAUGAGGACGCCGCGCUGAUCCCUGAAGACAUGGACCACCAGGUCACCCUCCAGACCUGGUUCAGGUUCCUGCAUUUGCUCGGCAAUCCUGCAGACCUGAGGCGUCCACCGCUGGACGGCCCAGCGCCUCCGGACCGGGAGGACGUCUUCCUCGCGGCAAUGACGACGAUCAGUAGACUGGCGGACGCGUUUCUGGGUGUCUCCGUGGUCUGCGGAGAACCAGGGGAGCGCGUGCUGAUAAACACGGGACUUUCAACCGGAACCCAUUUCAGAGCCCGCCUCCCUUCUCUCGGUGUCGCUGUCACCCGAAGUCCUUUCAAAGACAGAAUUCCCUCCUACGGUGUCUCGCGUCCUCGUUCUGGAAGUGCUCCUCCGACCCCCGUCAACGUACCGAGCAUGCCCAGCAAAUCACCGCCUCCACCGCACGCUCGACAGAAGACAUCAAACAUUUCCAAGGCCGCCGGGAAACCUCAGAUAGGAUCAUCACAGACAUCCCCUUCCCUCCAUCUGUGGAAGUCCUCUUCUGUUCUUCCUGCGUUCUCUUGGGCGCUGUACUCGUCCCCCCGUGGUCCCCCAUCCCCCCUGAGGGGCAGCGUGGACUCGCUGCUUCACGUGUUUGGCUUCUGCCUGUUUGACGCCGCCCUUGUUGGCAAAGACUCUGCUCCUAGUGAGCGCUGGGAAGAUGGGCGAGCUGAGGCCUGCGGGACACUUUGUCGGAUUUUCUCCUGUAAGAAAACCUCAGAAGAUGUCCUUCCUGUGUACCUGUCCAGGUUCUACGCGGUCCUCCUCCAGGGUCUGCGGGUGUCCGAGGACUUCAGCCCUCCUGUCGUGUCCGCCAUCCUCCUCCACUCAUCGUCGUUGUUCUGCUGUGACCUGCCUGGAGUCAACCUGCUGCUCCCUUCCUUUAUCUGCGUCCUGGAGAAGGUUCUGCUGCAAAGGGAGCUGCUGAGCUUCAGGGCCUUUGUGAGCCCGGUGCACUUGCGGCGGGCUUCCAUCUUGGUGCUGUUGUCACUUUUGCCUCUCCCCCAGCAGUUUGGACCGGUCCAGCUGGUGCCGCUGCCGGAUGCCGGUGCCGAUGAAGUCCCCACCGAAAGUGUCCGGUCCCUGAAGCCCCGCCUCUUCAGUAUGCUUAUUGGUUCUCUGAGGACAGAGAGUGACAGUACCAACACGCAGAUGCUCCUCGCGGCCAUCUUGGCUCUGGUUCAGGACUGUGCUCUGAUGGAGACUGCCGGACAAAUUCACCACGCAGGACACGGCAAGACCAAACGCACCGACAGAUCCACCCACCAAUCAAGCUCGGCGGCCGCGCUGUGGGUGGAGUUUGUGCAUCUGCUGACUCAACAUCUCAACGCCCAUUGGAGGGACGACUCAGCAGUUUGUCUGGCGACAAUGGAGGUUUUGGGAGGACUGGCCAGAGUAGAGGUGAGCGCGGCCGAGCGGGGAAAAAAGCAAGCGGUCAUCUCGGUCUGUCGCUACAUCGAGUUCCAGUGCGGUCGUCCUCCUCCGCUUCACUCCAGAGAUCUUCACUCCAUUAUUGUGGCGGCCUUUCACUGCCUCAGCAUCUGGCUCACAAGACACCCCGACAUCUUGGAAGACCAGGAGUCUUUGCUGGAGCUUCUGGAGAUCGUGGAGCUUGGCGUGUCAGGCAGCAAGUCCAGACAGGAAGAGGAAGUACGGUGUCGAGAGGCGAAAGAACUGAAUCCCGUCUCUCUGAGAGUGAAGGAGGCGGCUGAGGUCACGCUCAACUGCAUCAUGCAGGUGUCUGGAGCGUCUCCGUCCCUCGGAAGCUCUUUGAACGAGGACGCACUGAUUGGCUGCUCUGGUCCGGAUGACAGCAGCCUUAAAAAGUUCCGAUAUUUUGCUUUGGAUGCUUCUGUAAUCCUGGGAUUUCUGGAACAAGAUCAGGGACCUGAAAAAGGUUCUGCGUCAUGCCCGUCACUCACGGUGCUGAUCCGCGGGCAGUUUUCACGUCACUCCUGGAAUUUCCAGCACCGCCUUCAGCCCAGACAGAAAGCAGUCAGCCCUCAGGAAAUUAGCAGUGAAGCCCAGGUGCAUGCUAGGAUAUCACACUGCGGGACUGGUGUAAAAAAUCAGAUGCUUCUGGAAAACAUCAACACAGUUCCUCUGGUUCCAGCAGACCACAGUAUUCCUGACCUCUGGGAGGGGCUGACUGAGGAGGUGAAGCGGCAUUUGGAUCAUCUGCGAGGAACUUUGGAGCGACAGCAGAGGGUGGAGGCAGAGCCCCGCCAGUCUGGUGCCAUGACAGCGUGUACGCCUCCUCCGCCCCGUCCUGUCACUCACGUCCAGACUGCAAGGCUCUUCCUAUCCCACUUGGGCCUGGUGACUCCUGAGACCCUGAAGGAUCCCGGUAGCAGGGGUGUUCCGGCUCAGUUGGUGUCUCUGGACGCGUCCUUGCCAGGAUUCUACGAGGACCUGAGACGUUUGGACCGCCUCCCGUCCAGAACCCAGGAAUCGGCCUUCGUCUUCUAUGUGAGGGCAGGACAGAAGACGGCAAUUGAGAUUUUACAGAACGUGGAGUCCCGCCGCACCGUCUCUCGUCACUUCCUGGACUUCCUGUCCAGUCUGGGCCGGCCGGCGGCACGCGGACGGGAGAGCGUAGAUUUCGCCGCCGCGUUGGGGCAGAGCGGCGGCGGCGCGUUCGACGGCGAUCGCUUCGUCCUCAAGUACGACGACGCCCUGACGGACGUCACCUUCGUCGUUGCCUCGUCGUCAUCGCACGUCAGGAUGGGAAAGCACUCAACAACCGACGGGUCAACGCGCGGGGAGGAGGCGGAGCCAGAGGUUCAAAGAUCGUCCGAACACCGUCACAAAUCCGAGAUGAUGAUCGUGUGGGUGGAACGCUUGGAGGACGUCGAGACGUUUCCCGUUUGUGAGCUGAACAAGAGCCAACCUCUGAGCUGCGGAUGCGGCGUGCACGCGCUCUUCAUCCACAGUCUGGCGAGCGGACUGUUCCGGAUCGUCUCCCGCGGAAAUCCCGGUCCCGGCAACUUGGGUUUGCUGCCCCCGCUGGUCGGCGGGAUCGUCGUCGGCAGGCGCAGCCUCGGUCUGUCGCGGUCCGGGCCGGGCCCGUUAGUCCUGGAGACGCUGAUCAACGGUUGCCGUCGGCGACAGCUGUGCGGCGACUCCGCCCCCCCGCCGCACGUGAACAGGAAGUACGCCGUCGGCGCCGCGGUCCUGCGGUACGGCGCCCGCCGCCGCUCGGAACCCGACUCCUACGGCGCUCUGUUCCGACGGCUCUGACC